UUCAACAGUUUUAUUUCGAGUUACUCUUGUACAUUCGAUAUCAACAACACUACCAUGACAGAAACUGUCGUUCUCGCCGCUCCGGCACCAGUCACUGCUUCGCCAGCCUCGAAAAAGUCUCCGGCCAAGAAGAAGACUGCUGCCGCUUCCAAGGCAAAGAAGCCCGUUGCGUCUCAUCCGACCACCUCCGUGAUGGUGAAGUCUGCCAUCAAAGAACUCAAGGAGAAGAAAGGUUCUUCUUUACCGGCUAUCAAGAAAUACCUGGCUGCCAACUACAAAGUCGAUCCCGCCAAGCUGGCGCCGUUCAUCAGGAAGUUUUUGAAAGCCGCCGUCGCCAACGGUACCGUUGUUCAGACUAAAGGCACCGGUGCUUCUGGACAUUUCAAACUGCCGGUUGCCGAGGUUAAACCAAAAAAGACAGCUGUAGCCAAGAAGAAAAAGCCGGUCGUUAAAAAAGUCAAAGCCCCUGGUGCCGUGAAGAGGAAGUCGACGUCUGCCAAGAAAGUGAAACCAGCUUCCGGCGAGCCGGCGGCUAAAAAAACCAAGAAGGCUGCCAUCGCUGCUAAACCUAAGAAAGCUGCUACCAAACCGAAGAAAUCCCCGGCCAAAGCGAAAAAACCUGCUGGCGUUGUCAAACCCAAAGCGAAAAAGACUCCAACCAAGAAAACAGUAGCUCCCAAGAAGAAGUAAAUUGAUCCAAUUUGCAACUCCCUAAAAACGGUCCUUUUCA